UAUGAGCUAAAUAAUAUUGAUCUUUAUACCGGUUGACAUUUUUUCCCGCCUUAUGGAAUACUUUUGACGAUUCAUCAGAAAUUAAUCUUAUCAAGUAUAUCUAAGUAUGUGUGAAAAAACAAAUUGCGCAUUAUAGGUGAAAUGACUAAUGUAUGCUGCCAUUUUAAUUUGAAGUUGUAACUGUCGAGUCCUUUGUUUCUGAGCAAGAACGAAGAAAAAUUUUUUGACCCGGUGAAAUUACAUCUAAAGACCGCAGAUAAAGCGAAGAUUUAUGUUAUACAAGAGAUGCAUCAGCCUGUAUUCAAAUAGUGUCGUUCAAAUGGUAACUUUCUAAAGGAAACGAUAUUGAAGAAAAGAUCUGUCUUCAUUUGUAAAUUUUUAACAAAAAUUUAAACAUGGGGUUGAUAAUGAAUGAUUUUCAAAUCACUUUGAAUAAAAAAGGUGAAUUGAGUUUAGAUUAUAUUGCUGAUCAAAUGAAUUUCAAGUAUGGAGAUUUGUUUAAAAUCUUUAAGAAGAACUUUGUUACUCGUACGGAGUUAGAUGGCCUAUUAGAAAGAUAUAGUAAUGAUAAUAGGGUUCAGAUAUUUAAAAAAAAAUUAUUACUAUACAAGCAAAAUCCAUGGAUAAAAAAUGCUGCUCUUUUAAUAAAAGAAAAUGAAUUUGACUUGGAAAUUGACGAAUUAUUUAUUCAGUUAUGGAACACGUUGGAUGGUAAAAAAGAUGUGUAUGUUUCUUUUAAGAUAUUAAAAUUUCUGGGAUUUCUUAAUCAAGAUGAUAACAAUCUUCAAUCCGGUCAAAAGGCCUGCAUGAGAUUUAUUGAACUUUUAAAUGAUAAUAAUUUGAAAUUCAAACAAAAAAUACGUGAUUCUAAAUCAUUAAUUUUUCUCAGUAUUUAUGAUUUUAAAAAAAUUAUUAAGAUCCUUGGUGAUAAUAAAAUUACACAGUAUUAUUUCGAACUGGAUAAAAUAUACAGUUCUUACGAAAAAGAUGAAAUCGUUAAAAAAUUGAAGGAAUCGGAAAAAGAUAAAAAAAAAAUAUCAAUGCUAAGCCAAGAAGCACAACAAGAACUACACAAUACAAUAGCUCAAGUGAAAGAACUUCGUGAUGUUAAUGCAAGGAUGAAUCGUGUUCUAGAAAAAGUUGAAUGUAAACGUAAAGAUGGUUUCAUUUAUGUUGUUACUUCAAAGACAUUCGCUUUAGAGAAUAAAUUCAAAAUCGGAGCAACGGAAAAUUUGAGACAACGCUUAGCAGAAAUCAACGACAUGAAAAAUUCACAUGAAUUUUUUUACUGUUUUUUUGAAAAAUCUUAUGAUGUUAAAAAAGUUGUUAAGCACAUUAAUAAUUUGUUCGAAGCAUUCAAAGAUAAUAACGAAGAAAUAAUAAUUUUACACCACAGCUAUUUGCUACCGGCUAUUGAUCGUAUAAUUAAAAAUUCAAACAAAUCUUACGAUCACCUUAAUGACGUCGUCAAACUACCGAGAGUUUAUACCAUCAGAGGAACUGUCCCACCAGAAAAAAAAGUUCCGGAUGAUGAUAAUGAUGAACCUGAAGAAAAUAUCAUGUUGAGAUACAUUUAUAAUCUACUGGAUAGAUAUAUAAGAAACAAAGUUUUUUCAAAAACUAGAAAUGAGUUUUUUAAUGAUUUACUUAUUUUAGAAGUAAGAUCUAAGUUCAAUAAAAGUGAUGUGUGGAAAAUUUUCAAGGCAAAUCUGAAAUGGAAAAAAAGCAAGGACCCGAUUCUAUAUAAAAAUUACCAAAUUUUUAUACAUUAUUAAUUUUUACGUUUUACACAACAAAAUUUAAAAAAUCGAUCCAAGGUAAAAAGUUAUGAUAAAGUUAAAUAUAUUUUUAUUUUUUAAUUUAAAAGAAUAUUAUUACCUUAAGUUUUGAACUAUUAUAAAAAUCUAAUUGCCAUUUUUAUGCAUUGAUAUAAGUAAUGCUGUCUUUAAUUAUUGAGUAUAUACAUGAGUAUUAUAUUCAAUUGAUCUCGAGAGAGAUAAAAUUAUACUUUCGUUUGAAAAUCGCUUUUUUUAUUAUAUAAAUGAUAUACUUUAU